AAAAGUGCACAAGUUGUACAGUAUUGUACUUAGGUUUUAUUUAUAACUUCCAUUAUUACAGAUAAUUAUAUUGCCACUUUGAUGGGGAAAGGAUGUCAGUGGUUUGUUUAAUAUUCCAUUGUUCUUGAUGAGUUUGUCAUUUAUUGUCCAGUGUUAGUACAGAAGGAAACUGGAAUACCCUGUACCUUGAGAAAACCUGGCAUGAUUGGGUAGGGUCGCACUGGAUAAACCCUUCUCACAUCUUGCCCAAGGAUUGAACCCAGGAUACACUGAUUAGAGGCAAGCAUACAACAACUGUACCACCAAGUUUUAUAUGACUAUGAAAAUUAAAGGCCUAAAUAAUACUUAAAAUAAUUAAAACACACCAGUAGUGAAGAGCAAUGUUGUAGAGGGUCUUUUUACUGUACACUCAUAGUAUAAAUACAUACUGUACAGUAUCUUAAUUCUUGCAAUUAAACUCAAAUGUCGGCCUCAUUAAGAUCCAUGUUAUCUGUCUUGUAAUCUUAGACUCAUAACUUAUUAUCUGUUUUAUCAGAAUACUGUAUGGCUCUUUAGUAACAAGUUUGUUUGAACUGAUACACCUUACUGGUAUUGUGCACAAUUACUUCUCUUCUGGCAGUUUAAUCAUGGCAGACAUAUAUUAUGUUGGAGUGGAUGUUGGUACAAGCAGUGUCCGUGCAGCUCUGGUCCAACAGCAUGGAGCCAUCCUAAAGAUUCACACCGUCCCCAUCACUGUCAACAAUUCUAAUCCUGAUUUUUAUGAGCAAGACUCUGGAGAAAUAUGGCAAGCUGUCUGUCAGUCAGUAAAGGAUGUAACUUGUGAUAUUAAAGACAAGACCCAGAUUCACGGUGUGGGGUUUGAUGCUACAUGUUCCCUGGUAGUGUUGGAUAAGGACUUGGACCCUGUUACUGUCAGUCCUGCUACUGGAGAAGACAGAUUUAAUAUCAUGAUGUGGAUGGAUCAUAGAGCAAAAGAACAAGCUGACUUCAUAAAUUCUCAUGAUCACAAUGUACUGAAAUAUGUAGGAGGCAAAGUGUCCCUUGAAAUGCAAACUCCCAAACUCCUUUGGCUAAAGAGUCACAUGAAAAGCACCUGGGCUAAGGCUGCCUACUUCCUUGAUUUGCCAGAUUUCCUUACCCUGAAAACCACAGGACAGUUUUCAAGGUCAUUAUGUUCCAUGGUGUGCAAGUGGACAUAUAUGUGUGAUGGUCAGACUCAAGGAUGGGACCUCAACUUUUUCAAAGCAAUUGGAUUGGAAGACUUAGCUGAUAAUGAUUGGGUUAAAAUUGGGAAGGAAAUGGUGGCCCCUGGGACUGAGUGUGGCAGAGUAUCAGCAGCAGCAGCUCUGGAGAUGGGGUUGUGUGAGAGCACUCAUGUUGCAACAUCUGUUAUUGAUGCUCAUGCUGGAGGCAUUGCUCUAGUGGCUGCUGAGGCUAAAACCAAACAAGAUCUUAUUGGAAGAUUAGCCUUGAUCUGUGGAACAUCUACAUGUCAUAUGUGUGUGAGUGUGGAUCCCAUAUUUGCACAUGGUGUUUGGGGGCCAUACUACAGUGCAAUGAUUCCUGGGUAUUGGUGUGCUGAAGGAGGACAAAGUGCAACUGGUGCCCUUGUUGAUCAUGUUAUAAAGACUCACCCAGCUGUCAACAAAAACCCAGACAAAAAUGUGUAUGAAUGGCUUGAAGGAAUCUUGGAUGAAAUGGCAGAAAAACAGAGUCUCUGUAGUUCCACAUUUCUCACCAAGGACUUGCACUUAUAUCCAGAUUUCCAUGGCAACAGGUCACCUCUGGCAGACCCUUCCAUGGUUGGAAUGAUAUGUGGCCUUACUCUAGAUUCAAGUGAAAGGAGUUUGGCUUUGUUGUAUCUUGCAACUCUUCAAGCAUUGGCAUAUGGAACGCGACAAAUUAUAGAGCAGCUAACAACAUGCGGUCACAACAUUACCUCUGUGCUCAUGUGUGGCGGACUCUCUAAUUCCUCCCUCUUCAUCCAAACUCAUGCUGAUGCCCUUGGAGUUCCUGUACUGAUUCCUCAAGAACAGCAAUCAGUAUUACUUGGAGCCAGCAUUCUUGCGGCAACAGCAUCUGGUGACUAUCCUGACCUCACUGCUGCAGCUGUGGCAAUGGGGGGGAAAGCACGUACAUUUGAACCUCGGAAAGAUGUGAAAAGAUAUCAUGACCAGAAGUUUGCAGUUUUCAAGAAGAUGCAAAGUGACCAAAAAGACUACAAGCACAUCAUGUCAGGGAUGUGAUACCACCAGUAUAAGAUUGUUUUGUUAUUCUGUAUCACUCAAGCAUGUCUCAUGAUGACCAAUAUGUCAUGAUCAUUUGUUUAUGAUGUCUGAAUUGCUCUUGCAGCUUUUCUUAUGUUCAUUGAUUCUGUAUUUUAUAUCUUUGUUAAGAAAUUAGAUUUUUUCUGUUUUUAGUUUUUAUAUUCCUGUACGGUAUUUUGUUUAUCAGAGAACUGUAUACUAUAUCUCCAGAUAUCCUUUGUAUUCUAAAAUAUACUUUCAUUUUCUGUAUUGGUGUCCUCA